AUGCCAAAAGUUCUAAUAACCCCGGCCACCUGCACCGGUGUCAAUGCUAUCAGGCCCGGCUGUGCCUCCAACGAGAGUGCAUAUCAUCGGGACACAUUCUACAUUGGCGGGCACUACGAGGUCUACAACAGCACGGAAGGAACAAGCAUAUACUCUGACCAGAUAUAUGUGGAGAAGCUUACAUCAGUGCACGGAUCGAAAAAAGCAACUCCAAUUGUCUUUUUGUCCGCUGGCAUUCCUUCCGGUUCCCUAUGGUUGAACACGCCUGACAACCGCAAAGGUUGGGCAUCAUACUUCCUCGAUCAAGGCUACCAAGUCUACAUCCUCGACAUCACCGCAAACGGCCGUAGCGGCCAGAACGACUUAGAAAAAUACCCGCUGCGAAUCGGCACCACAGACUCCAACAUGCAAGCAGGAUUCACCGCACCAGAAAUCUACGCCGCCUACCCCCAAGCCAUCAACCACACCCAAUGGCCCGGCAACGGAACCCGCGGCGACCCAAUCUUCGACGCCUUCAUGGCAUCCGUCGUCCCCCUAACCACCAAUUCCACAAGCCAAGAACUCUCCAUGCGAGCCGCCGGCUGCAAACUUCUAUCCUUGAUCGGAAAAUCCUAUCUCAUCUCCCACUCCGCAGCCGGGACCUACACAGUCCUGAUGUCCGACGAAUGUCCCGAGCUAGUUAAAGCCAACAUCAAUCUCGAACCGGGCAAUAUUCCCUUCCAAUGGUGGUCUGGGAACUCUUCCGCUGCUGGAGACAGAUACGUGACAAGAGAAUACGGUUUAACCCGUACACCCAUCACCUACUCCCCUCCCAUCACUUCCUCCUCCGACCUGAAUAAAAUCCUCAUCGGUGAAGAUUCCCCCGCUCAAAGAUCCUGCUAUAUCCAGAAUCCCAACGCUACAAUACAUACCCUCCCAAAUAUCGCCCAAGUUCCUUAUGUCUUUUUGACAGCCGAUGCGAGUCCGCAUGUUACAUACGAUCAUUGCUUUUCGUUGUUUUUGCAGCAGGCUGGAGUCAAGGAUGUUACGUGGAUUAAACUUUGGGAGAAAGGGAUUUUUGGAAAUGCGCACUUUUUUAUGGUGGAGAGGAAUAAUUUGGAGAUUGCGGCGGUUGUGGAGAGAUGGAUCGGGGAAGCACGUGAUGCGCGAUCGAUCUUGAGCAGGUGA